AGCGAGUGUACAGACCUUGGUAAUACCCAAGAGAAAAAAAACAUCAGUAAAAUAAAUAUCAAUUUGAAUGGUGGUCUCAAAAUUGGGACUAUGACUGAAUAUUCAAUACUAAGACUAUGACAGAGGAGGAAAGUGAGGAAGAUCUUAGAGGAAAAACAACAGCCAGAACCUGAAAUAGUGUCCGAUUGUGUUUCUGAAGUUGACUUUCUGAAAGCAGUAGAGGACAACAAAUUACCAGUGGUUGAGUGUUACCUCGCCAGGCGUGCAAACCCAAACACAUGCGAUAGUUUCAAGCGCACAGCACUCCACAGAGCAUGCUCUCAGGGGAACAUGGAGAUUGUGAAGAGGCUGCUGGAAGCUGGGGCUCUAAUUGAAAACAAGGAUAAGCUUGAUGCUACUGCUGUUCAUUGGGCCUGUCGGGGAGGAAGUUUGCCUGUUCUGGAGCUGCUCCUCAACCACGAAGGCAACCUCCAUGCCAAAGAUAAGCUCCACAGUACUCCUCUUCAUGUGGCAGUGAGGACAGGUCACUAUGAAUGUGCUGAAUACCUCAUUCACUGCGGCUCUGACGUCAAUGCAAAAGACAGAGAGGGAGACACACCAAUGCAUGAUGCUGUACGGCUGAACAGAUUCAAAUUUAUCCAGUUGCUCCUGUUGCAUGGAGCCAAUCUGAAACUGAAGAACUAUGAGGGUAAAUCACCCAUGGACAGCGUUUUGGAGUGGCAGAAUGGAGCGAAAACUAUUUUAGGCAACUAUAAACACAAUAAAAACUCACAAGAUAAGUAACAACUGAACAUCACUGUUGAGCAAAAACUGAUGAACAGGAAGUGAUUAUUUAAGAUGGGCUGCUGAUGUGGGGUAGUGAGCAAAUUUGUCAAAUGAAAAAUGUACAAUAUUUAUGAGGUUAUUGGAAAGUAAGGUGAAAUAUAAUGACAUUUUUCAACUAGAACUUGGUGCAGACCGAAAGGAAAUGUGAGUUUAGAGUUGUACUGUUUACAGAGCAGGUUUCGCCCACAUGUGCUUAACUACAAAUUCAUAUUUUUUAUUUCCUAAAAAUUUCUCUAAAGCCUUAAAAACCAGCACUGGUUUUAAAAUAUUGUAAUUUGCUUGA